AUGCUGAUUGCGUCUCAACUGGAACCAACGUAUGCCAGGACAGUUUAUCCAUGUUUUGAUGAACCUGCCAUGAAGGCCACAUUUAAUAUCAGAAUAGUCCAUGACCCAAGCUAUGUGGCUCUUUCCAAUAUGCCUGCUAUUGAUGUAUCUGAAAUGAAGGAUGAAAAUGGAAGCCUGUGGACUGUUACCACAUUUAACACUUCGCUGAAAAUGUCAACUUACUUGACUGCUUUUGUGAUUUGUGAUUUUGAUUAUGUCACCAGAACUGAGCGGGGAAAUGAGAUACGUAUUUGGGCUCGGAAAGAGGCAGUUAAAAAUGGCUAUGUUGACUAUGCUUUAAAUAUCACAGGCCCAAUAUUUUCAUUUCUAGAAGACUUACUUAAUGUCAGCUACCCUUUGCCAAAGACAGAUCUGGUUGCACUGCCUGAUUUUGGAGCAGGUGCCAUGGAAAACUGGGGGCUAAUGACUUUCCAAGAAUCAUCAUUGAUGUACCUCCCAAGUGAUAAACUCACAAACAGAAAGGCAAUGAUUGCCAUAAUUGUGUCACAUGAGCUAGGACACCAGUGGUUUGGAAAUCUGGUUACAAUGAACUGGUGGAACGAUCUGUGGCUUAAUGAGGGACUGGCAUCUUACUUUGAGUAUCUGGGAGCUACCUUCGUUGAACCCAAGCUUUCACUGGAUAAAAUCUUUUAUGAUCAUGUUGUACAACCUGUCUUAAGGGAAGACAAUGAAAUAGGAGUUCGAUCACUGUCAGAGAGUGAAGACAAGAUCAAAGGAUCAUUUUCUUUAAUGUCUCUGUUUGACAGCAUCACAUACAACAAGGGAGCUUCUGUUACCUGGAUGCUUUCUAGUUUCCUGACCAAGAAGUUGUUUAUCAGAGCACUUAGUUCAUAUCUGAAAGAAUUUUCCUUCUCAAAUGCUAACCAAGAUGAUCUCUGGACCCACAUACAGAUGGUUGUAGAUGCACAGGAUGAAGUUCAGUUGCCAGCAUCUAUAAAACAAAUAAUGGAUUCCUGGACAUGCCAAAAUGGGUUUCCAGUUUUAACAUUAAAUCUAACCACUGGCACAAUCAGUCAGGAACAAUUUCUUAAUAAAAAGAAGGAAAACAGUACUGAUUCUUACAAUAACACAUGGAUUAUUCCUAUUUCUUGGAUGAGAAAUGGAUCAUCACAACCCUUAAUAUGGCUUGAUAAAAGCAGCAAAGUGUUUCCUGAAAUGCAAGUACCGGAGUCAGAAUAUGACUGGAUCCUGCUAAAUGUAAAUCUAAGUGGAUACUACAGAGUGAACUAUGAUCAAUUAAACUUGAAAAGAUUAGCAUGCUUGCUUGAAAAUGAUCCAAAGGCUAUUCCCGCUGUCAGCAGGUUCCAGCUGAUAGAUGAUGUUUUUGCAUUGACACAGUUUGGAUACAUUCAUAUUGAAACAGCGCUUGAACUAACAAAGUACCUUGGCAGAGAAGAUGAACUCUUCAUAUGGAAUGUGGUAUUAUUAAACCUAGUACCUGAGAAUUUGGAAAGUACUCUGAAAAACUAUGAAGUGUAUCCGCUUUUAAAGAAAUACCUUUUAAAGAGAAUGUUGCCAAUAUACCAUUAUUAUGCAGGUUUUAUUCGUCAAAAUGUUGAUGCUUUGGAAGAUGACUAUUUUGCUCAAGUGUAUUUGGAAAAACUUUUUGCAACAGCCUGCUGGCUGGGCCUUCAGGAUUGUUUGAACCUGUCAUCUGAACUGUAUGCUAAAUGGAUGGACAACCCAGAGUACAAAAUUCCCUUUUUAAUUAGAAGAACAGUCUGCUGUUACGGUGUUGCAGUGGGAAGUGAUAAGGAAUGGAAUUUUGCAUGGGAAAUGUAUAAUCAUACCGACUCCACAAAGGAAGAUAAAGACAUCCUGCUCUCUGCCAUGAGCUGUGCCAAGGAUUCAUGGUUACUUUACAGAUACUUGCAAUAUGGACUCAGCGAUACAUUAUUUUCUUCCAAUUGUACUUCUAUCAUCAUCUUAUAUGUGGUGACGAAGGAUAUUGGGCACCGUAUAGCCUGGGAAUUUGUUACGGAAAAUUGGCCACUUUUAAGUGAAAGGUGUGGGAAGGAAUUAUUACAUGAUGUAUUAAAAGCCAUGGGAAGAUUUGUCAAUACAGAUGUACAGAUCAAAGAGUUGCAGGUUUUUUAUAAUAGUACACUGGAAGAGGAUGAGAGAGUGGCUACUACUCUACUACUGGAGUUCACAAAAUUUGAAAAUAUGGAAAGGAGAGAGCAGCUAAUCAAAGUUGCCAAGUGGUUACAGAAAAAUGUAGAUAAUUGA